AUGAUUACUUUAAUUUUAAUGGUAGAGAAACAACUUAAAAGGAGUAACAAGGAAUCGACCGGCCUUGAAUUUCAUGUCAUAGAAAACAACGUUGCUAUAGAUUUUUCAGAUCUUGAUCUGGACAAUAAUAUCUUUAAUUAUCCAAGCUUUAAUGAUAUGAAUAUUAAUAUCUUUAAUAAUCUAGACACAAAUAUCUUCAAUGAUCUAGAUAUUAAUAUCUAUAAUAAAGAACAAAAUGAUAAAUUAUCAAAAAAAAUUGGAUGCCAAUGGCAACUAAAUGCUGGUUUUUGUAAAAGUGAAAAUGCUGUAGUUAUUAACAAGCUUGUUGAGAAGCAUAAUCAUCUACUCACACCAUAUAGAAAAGAAUUUGCUCCAAGUUUACACUCAUUUUCACAAGAAGUUUUUGAUGCAAUAAAGUUUUUAACACAAGAGUGUAAUCUUGGAGUCAAAGCUCAACAUUGGUAUUUGUCAAAAAAAUUCUCUAACCAACCAUUAUAUGAUCAUAAAAUUGAAAAGUAUUUGACAUCCAAAUUAGUAUUUGUUCAAAAUACUCAAAUAUUUCAGAGUGUUUUAUAUUGGGCAUUUUUGGUUAAAACUUCUAAUAAUUUAGUUUCACCACCUAAAGCUCAUGAAUACUCAGAGGGGUAUUUGGAAGAUGAAUAUGACGCAUUACAAGCCUCACUUGAGACUAUUAUAAAGAUGGUAAACCACGAAAAUAUUUUGGAGAUUUGGAGAGUUACAUUGCCAAUUACAGGUACAACUGCAGAACAUAAAACAGUUAUAGAAAUGAAUCAAGUAAUAUCUAUUUGUAGGCCAGAUAUAUAUCAGUCUAAAAUUUGUAAAAAUAUUACACAAAAGCAAAAGUAUGGCAUUGCUAAAAGUGGGUUAAAAUUUGCCAUUGACAAUGAUGUUGAUAUCACUCAAAUUGAAAAUCCAAAAAAGCUAAAGCAUAAGGGUCAUCCCAAAGGGUCAAAUUCUGUACAACAAGAUAGUCUUCAGGAUUUAAAUAUAGAACAAAAAGAAAAUUCAAAACCAAAAAAAUGUGCUAAUGUUAAAACUGAUAAUAAUAAUAUUAAACUGAAAUUAGGAACCCGACAUUGUAAAAAUUGUUAUGGAACUGGACAUUACAAUUCUACUUGCAAAUUCCCCAAAAAUCACUUUAA